AUGUCAUUUCUAACAAAAUAACGUAAACAUAAAUAGCAAAAAUGCAUAAAAUAUUUUUGCUGAUCCUUAUGUGUAAAAGUGUGUUAGCAGAAGACGAAGAAAGUGACGCUAAAUACAUUGAUUUGUUACCAGAAGAGGAAAAGCAAGAGUUUUUAAAUAGGAUAGCUAGAAGAAUCCUGGAAGGAAUUACAACUAAUGAUACACCAAACGAAUCACAUGCUGAAAUACCUGACGAUCAACUUGAUGCCCAAGACGCAUUUGUUCAAGAAAUUCUCAAGGAGGAAUCUGAUAAUUUAAAAAACGAAAAUAGAGAGCACAAUUCUAAAGAAAUCGAUAAAUAUGAUCGUGUUGUAUCAAAUAGAGACAGUGUUAAUGAAAAAAGUGAAUUCGGAGCUGAAUCAGAUCAGAAUAGUUAUAAUAAAGAAGAGCAUUUCGAUUUGACUCUACGUGAAGGAAGAAGAAAGAAAAGGACAAACGGCGAUAAUAAAUAUAAUAAAGAAACGACUACUGAGACAUCUUAUGAUAUUAUUCCUGUACAAACCAUAUACGAUCAGAUUGAAAAUGAUGCUGUGAAAUUUGAUAACAAGGCUGCGAUUACUUUGGAAGCGGAUCAGAAAGAAAAUGCAGAAGAAGAAAUUCCUUUGAUCGAGUCAGGGAUUUCAAGUGAUUUGGUAUUCCCUAAAAAUAUUUUAAUUACUGAAUCCCCUAACGGACCAGAUAAAAAUGAAAGUUUAAAAACUACAGAAAUAAUAGAUUUUGAGCCGAAUAUAAAUGAAAAUUAUACAUUCCAAGAUAACAUCAAUAAUGAAAACAUUACACUUUUACCCGAUUCAGUGUCUCAAGAGGCUACUUAUAGUACAACAAAUGGUGAAAUCACGUGGGGUUUUAAACAAAAAAUAUAUGAAAGUGAAAGUGAGGAUAAGGAAGAAGACCAAAAAGAAGGUACAUCUACAUUAAAUAACAGUACGAUAAAUGUAAAUUCUCAAACAGAAUCGAUUAAAGCAUUUUCAAGUUCUAAUGACGUUACAGAAACAAGUAAAGAUGAAGCAAGUACGAUUACUGCAAUAAUAAACGUCACGAAUUCAGAUUCACAUAAAUCUAAAGGCAGUUAUUUAAGAAGUAUGACUAAGUUUGACGAAUAUGAAGAUUUGCAAACAGAAAGAAGCGUCACUGUAGUCUCUAAAAAACUUUCAAAUGAUAUAUCAACGUCUGCUAUAGAAACUGUUCCAAUCGAUAAGACAUUAAGCGAUGUAAAGAUUGAUUCUCAAAUAGAGAACUUGAGUACAAAAAUCAAAAAUUUAUCUGCAUAUAAAUUGGACAUAAAAACUUCAGAAAGCCCAGCACACUUAACGAGCGUUAAAAGUAACACAGUAAAUAUUAUGAAUCAAGGAAAAUCGGAUGAAAAUAAAACAAUCCUAAGAGAAAGAGAUUACUAUGAAGUCUCUCAAAUUGGUGAUAACGAACCUCUACAUAAUAUAAACGACGAUUUAAAUAAAGUUAAAAUUUACAAAGUUUCUGAAGUGGAUGCUAAUCAACCACAUUUUAUGUCUACUGAUAAGUCAAAACAAUAUAAUCAUCCUUUAUACGUACCCGUUUACAAUUAUGCUCCAGAAAAUGCAUACUUCAGUACUUACAACAAAUUGGGACCAAAUAUAGAAGACAACGAUUACAUAGAUAGCCAAGAAAGAAAAACAGACGAAGAUGCCAAUCAAUCUAACUUAAUAAAUACAAGAAAUCGAUUUUCAGCAUAUAAUAAUAAAAAAAUCGAAAACGAUCACAAAACUAUAAGAAAUACUAAACAGACAUAUAAGGAACAAAAUGCAAAACGUUAUGAAUUUAUAAAACCAGUAACACAAAAUUUGGUUAGCCAAGACAUUUAUUACAAUCCAUAUGAUUAUGCUGAUUCGAAUUACUAUUUUGGUCGUAUUUUGAGAAGAGGAAAGAAGAUAAAUAACGAAGUAUACAAAUCGAGUAUUACCAAGAAUACUACUAGUACAAAAUAUUUCCCAGACUCAAAUGAAAAAGAUCAUCCUAUAUCCAGUAUACAUAAAAGUGAUACAGUUAAAGAUCAUGUCAGGGCCAUAAGACGGAUUUUAUACCUUCAAAAGUUAUUUGGCUAUGUACCUCAAGUAACUGAUUAUAUAGGUCGAAAAGCAAAUCAAUAUUAUCAUAUUGGUUCGACGUCAAUUACACCAAAACAUAAUAAUAUAGCUAUUGAUUAUUAUUUUGGAAGGGCUGAUUCUAAUGAAAACGUUAAAACAAAUCAGGACUUUCGAUGGAAUAAACCGCAACGUAAUAUUGUACCUUUAACACCAAAUCCUCUUAGUUUUGAAAAUAAACCAGAAAAGCUGCAUUUGGAAAUGGGCAGCUCAGAAGCUAAGCUAAGCUCAGCAACUGAAUCAAGAAGUCAAGAAAUUGGUGAGCUCCCGUUCGAGAAACUUUUUGAUUCAAUGUUGUAUGUAUUAAAAGAUAAAAUAAAAGAUGAAAGUGAUAGCUUACUUCAUUACAAUUGGUUGAAAACAACUGUGGAUAUUCAGGCAGCUAUACGAAAAUUGAUGGAUUUAAUUGACCAAAUAAAAAACGGCGAACUUGUACAUCCAAAAGAUAUCGAGCUCAUUAAAUACACUAUAUACCUUUUUAAAUCAUCACAAAUAGCUUUGAACAAAGAAACAAAAAGUACAGUUUUAAAUAAAACAAAUAAACAAAUCAAUGCACCACGUGCAAAGAAAAGAGUUAUGAAAUUCCCUAAAAUAAUAAAGGAAAGAAAGUUUAAUGAACCUAUAAAGCGGUGGAAGGAAUAUGCAGCAUUAUUGCUAAGAGAUGACAAGAAGUCAGAUUUUAACUCUCUAAGUGAGCGAAAAUUAAUAUUGUUUAAUGAUUUUGAAGAUUUUCUUGAAAGCCUCCUUAUUAACAUAAAUGAUUUACACGACGCAAUACAACACAUAUCUGUAAUAACCGAAUAUAAAAACCAGAAUUGGUUUCAAGAUCUUAAGGUUAUAUACCUAGCAAACGGUAGUGAGAAAAGUCUAGCGCAAACAAUACUACACCUUAGUCUAUCUAGAUUCCUAGAUCUGAUAGAAGAGAGUGCUACACUCGGCGUAGAAGAUGAUUUCAGAAGUUUUGUAAAGAAGAAUAGAGACUUUGUUAAGAGGAGUACAGAAGAGUGUGGAUAUUUAUUGAAUGUUUUAGAAGAGGUGCGUAGAAUCAAUGCGUUAGAGCCCUAAGUCUUUAGUUUAACAAAAUUUCAUUGCUACAAACUCUCAGUUUCGAGGGUUCCGUAUCUCUUUCAUAAUGGAAAUACGGAUCAUCAGGAUCAUGUUAGUUUUAAGUGCGUAUAGGUUUCACCAUUAAAAUGUUCGUUGGGUGGUGGUGAUAUGGUUAUUUUUUAUCGGCCUAAUUUAUAAGCACUUUUAAACAUAAGUCUGCUAUUAGUUCAGAGUGCAGAUUCUACCAAAUCUACAAAAUUUAAGUUACUGCACUUUUUCAACAUUUUAUUAUUUAACAAUUAUCCGUUCAUUUGUGAGCUAGAAUCAAGAACUUAGUAUGUUGAACGCGGAGCGGAAAUCAAUGAUCAUAUUAACAGAUUUACAUCGUAAAAUAUUGCGUCAAAAUGAUGGAAGCAAAGAUGUCUGGUUGGCUAAAAUACUAUUUUUUUUAUAUUAAGACUCUUUUU